AUGGUUGACCUCACCAAAGUCACCACUGUCGCCGAGACGCUCAAGCACCCGUCCUACCCGGACGCCACAUGGAACCUGCAGCCCACCCGUAGUGGGCGGCUGCCCGUGGCUGCCGGCCGGGGUGGACCGUUGCGCAUUGGCUGGGAGGUCCACGGCGAGGGCCCCAUCAGGAUAGUGUUCAUCAUGGGCCUUGGGUCCUUCAAGACGGCCUGGCAGCGCCAGACGCUGUACUUUGGCCAUGAGCGGUACAAGGACUACUCCGUCCUGCUGCUCGACAACCGCGGCAUGGGCGACUCGGACCGCCCGUUGAUGCGCUACACCACCAAGGACAUGGCCCUCGACGCCAUCGAGGUGCUGGAGCACGUCGGCUUUGUCAACCAGGCCGCCGAAAACGGCCGCUCGGUUCACGUGGUCGGCCUGUCCAUGGGCGGCAUGGUCGCCCAGGAGCUCGCCUGCCUCAUCCCCAACCAAGUCGCGUCGCUGGCCCUGUGCUGCACGGCCUCUGCUAUCGAGAACACGUCUGCCAGCAUCUGGGAGAACCUGGCGAGCCGUGCUGCGCUCAUCAUCCCCAAGGGCGUCGAAGAGAGCGUCCGGGGCACGGCGGGACGCAUCUUCAGCGACAAGUUCUUGACCGGGCCGGACAACGUGACGCUCCCCGUGCCGGGCACACACCUUGUCGGCCCGCCGCUGCGCCAUCUGUACACGCCCGAAAAGACCAUCCCGCCCGACACCAUAGCCCUGCCCGAGCAGACAACGAGCAGUGCCGAGGCGUAUACCAAGGACCCGGCCACAUGGUACCGCACGUUUGACAGCAACUACCAGCGGUUUGUCGCGCAGGAAAUGCAUAAGCGCAACGACCCGCGGUUCUCCACAAAGGGCUUUUUGCUGCAGCUCAUCGCCUGCGGCUGGCACCACAAGUCGGCCGCACAGCUGGCCGCCAUGGGCGACGCCAUUGACCGGCGCCGCAUCCUGAUCAUCCACGGCACCGCCGACGAAAUGAUCUCGGUGCCACACGGGCGCAAGCUGAUUGAGGCCAUCCAGCCGGCGCAGUCGCACAUUGUCGAGGGCAUGGGCCACGCACCACUGGUCGAGCGGUGUGACUGGUACAACCAGACGCUGACGGACCACUUCCACAACGGCGAGGUCAUGGCCGGGCGGGCCAAGGAAUAA